GUUUUCUCAACAAAAUUCGGGAACGGCAAAAAAUCACUUUGCUCAAGGCUGGGGAUAUGCUUCACCACCAAAAAAUGGUGCCAUGGUGCUUCCAUGGUGCCAUCCACAUGCUAUCCUCGGCAGAGUUGAUGCAGCUGUGACCUGCUCGAGAAGGUCGAAACCUCGGCCAGUGUUGAUCGUGUCAGGAGCUCGUUCGAGAGAUAUCGGCUAUCAUCCCAGAGAUAUUCCCAACCAUUUCAACUUUGUUGUUAUGAGUGAGAGCAGAUUUGGCCACUCAUCCAUAACCCCACUGAUUGACAGCACCAGCUUCAGCAUCGAGAAUCUGCAGAGGCGAAAGCAGGUGCAAAAGGCUGGACUCACUCCUGCUUGUUGCUGGUGGUCCAAUCGCUGUUGAGCAAAUCCGUUGACGUUGAAUCCAGAACACAGAACUGGACGGAAAGUGACCUGGGUGGCCUGCCAAUUUGCGUGCAAAAUUAAGUACCCCCCAGGAACCCGGCACCGGCAUGUCACCACAAUCCUGACGGGCCUCCCUCAACCCACCCGCCGCCGCCCCCCGCCUAAACCCACAGCUUAGACCCUUGCUUUCUCAAACCAUCCUUCCGUAUAAAACUUUCAAGCCAGCCCUUUCUGCUUUGACUUUUGCUCUCCUCUUGCCUGAGACCCCUCCAUAACCGCCCUUCCGCGAACCUCUAUUUUCCCCUCAACACAACAUCGACGACGAGAGAGGACCAAGGCCGACGUCCUCAUCGACCCGCGAUAUUGUCAACCUCCGCGACCUCCGCCCUCAACAUGGCGUCGUCGUCAUCUGAGGUUCCCGCUUCGGCGGUCCUCCAGGCCGAGUCCUUCCCCGACGGAACCAAGGACUAUGUCGCCAUCCGCAAGAAGAACUGGGACAUCAAGAAGCCCCAUAUCACCGACCAGCCCAUCACCGCCAAGAACUGGUACAAGCACGUCAACUGGCUCAACACCACAUUCAUCAUCUUCAUUCCCCUCACGGGCCUCAUCUCCUCGUACUGGGUACCGCUUCAGAUGAAGACGGCCGUCUUCACUGUGCUCUACUACUUCUUCGCUGGCCUCGGUAUCACCGCCGGCUACCAUCGCCUGUGGGCUCACACCUCCUACAAGGCCACCCUUCCCCUCAAGAUCUUCCUUGCCGCUGGUGGCGCCGCCGCUGUCGAGGGCAGUGCUCGGUGGUGGUCCAGUCUCCAUCGUUCUCACCACCGUUACACCGAUACCGAGAAGGAUCCCUACUCCGUCCGCAAGGGUCUGCUCUACAGCCACAUCGGCUGGAUGGUCAUGAAGCAGAACCCCCGCCGUAUCGGCCGUACCGACAUCACCGAUCUCAACGAUGACGCCGUUGUCGUUUGGCAGCACCGCAACUACAUCAAGUCGGUCAUCACCAUGGCUCUGAUUGUUCCCACCCUCGUUUGCGGUCUCGGUUGGAACGACUGGGCCGGUGGCUUCGUCUAUGCCGGUAUCCUCCGCAUCUUUUUCAUUCAGCAGGCCACCUUCUGCGUCAACUCCCUCGCCCACUGGCUCGGCGACCAGCCCUUUGAUGACCGCAACUCACCGAGAGAUCACGUCAUCACUGCCCUCGUCACCCUUGGUGAGGGUUACCACAACUUCCACCACGAGUUCCCAAGUGAUUUCCGCAACGCUAUUGAGUGGUGGCAGUACGACCCCACCAAGUGGUUCAUCUCGAUCAUGAAGUUCCUCGGCCUCGCAUACAACCUCAAAACAUUCCCCCAGAACGAGAUUGAGAAGGGCAGACUCCAGCAGCUUCAGAAGAAGCUCGACCAGAAGCGUUCCACUCUUGACUGGGGUAUUCCUCUCGAGAACCUGCCCGUUGUCAGCUGGGACGACUUUGUCGCCGAGUCCAAGAACGGCAAGGCCUGGAUUGCCGUCGCUGGCAUCAUUCACGAUGUUGGCAAGUUCAUUGCUGACCACCCCGGUGGCAAGACCCUCAUCAACUCUGCCAUUGGCAAGGACGCCACUGCUGUCUUCAACGGUGGUGUCUACAACCACUCCAACGGCGCCCACAACCUUCUCUCCACCAUGAGAGUUGGCGUUCUUCGUGGCGGCUGCGAGGUUGAGAUCUGGAAGCGCGCCCAGUCCGAGAACAAGGACGUCCAGACCGUCACCGACUCCUCUGGUCAAAGAAUUGUCCGCGCUGGCAACCAGGCCACCAAGAUCCCUCAGCCCGUUUCUACUGCCGAUGCCGCGUAAGUGUUUUGACACAAGGCAUGAAUUGUACAAUAUUCAACCCCCGCCACGAUUAGACGGCGUUUCAGAAGGGGUAGUCUGCGACCUGGGAGUUUUUGGUAUCAUGCCACCCCAGAGUAGUCGGCAACUGACAUGACUUUCUACCACUUGGGUGUCAGUUGGCUAGUCGGACAUUAUGACGUGGAAGAAGAAGGAACACACCUUGACUGUCGAUGCUGGUUUUCAUGGCUUGAUAACGAGGUUGUUUCUGUGGUGGUCCCAUACAUUUUUCCUUGGUUUUGUGACAAAAAGGGGCGUUUUUCGAGAGAAUAAAUCGGGCACAGCAUUGGAACUGGUGUUUAUCUUUGUUUAGCUGUUUUUUUCUGGGAAUCAGAAGAUCCAUCAUUAUCAACCUAUCACUCUGGUUUUUGCUGUUGAAAGAGAUGUGAAAGAACAGCAUGCGUGGUUUUGCGUUUACGUUGUGUGACUGCGUGUCGGUUGGAGAGUAAUGACUGGUGUAGAUGUGAAUGUAAACAAAGAUUGAGAAGAUGGGAGGUUAGGAUAGGGGGGAAUGAAUUGUGGUGACCUGAGAAAAAGUGAGGUUAUAUUGCCAAGAUUGUACUGGCUCUAUCAGCGAGGCUACAGCUUUGGAUUCUCCCUGCCUUCUGAAUGGGAUUUGACUAAGAAAUAUCAGAUAUGAGGGGGUCGGCUGCGAAAUUGAGGCAUGUUAAAGGGAUGUUGGUGGGUAUGGAAAAGAGGCCAGGAAAAGGGGG